AUGAUGGACAGCCGCAUCCUCGAGCACCCCCAUGCCCAGUUCGGAGGCAUGGUGGGCUUCCCCUACCCCAUCGGGCACCAUCACGUCUACGAGCUGGCCGGGCACCAGCUGCAAUCCGCCGCCGCCGCCGCCGCCGCGGCCGCCUCCGUGCCCUUCUCCAUCGACGGAUUACUCAACGGCUCCUGCGCCGCCUCCGUCGUCAACCCGACCCCGCUCAUCCCUUCCGGGUGCGGGGUGAACGGAGACGGGCAGCCUCUGCUUCUUCCAGACUCGGUGGACCCGGAUAAAGAAAGCCCAGGUUGUAAAAGACGGCGGACGCGCACGAAUUUUACCGGCUGGCAGCUGGAAGAGUUAGAGAAAGCUUUUAACGAAAGUCACUAUCCUGACGUGUUUAUGAGGGAGGCGUUGGCGUUAAGGCUGGACUUGGUGGAAUCUAGAGUGCAGGUCUGGUUCCAAAACCGACGGGCCAAAUGGAGGAAGAAGGAAAACACCAAGAAAGGGCCCGGCCGGCCGGCCCACAACUCGCACCCGACGACGUGCAGCGGCGAGCCCAUGGACCCCGAAGAGAUCGCGCGCAAGGAGCUGGAGAAGAUGGAGAAGAAGAAGCGCAAGCACGAGAAGAAGCUGCUCAAGAGCCAGAACCGCAACCUCCACUCGCCCAGCGGCCUCUCGGUCAACAGCAGCACGCAGAGCUCCGACAGCGAUGGGGGCACCGGAGGCCUCUCCCCGGAUCCCCCCGACGGGGGCGGCGGCGGCGGCUGCAGCUCCAAGGCCCCUCCCGGGGCCGGCGGCCCGCACCUCAACCCUCCUCUGCCCGGCAGCUGCUGCUACGCGGUGCAAAGACAGAACUUGAAGGAACAGCUCCUGGCCAAACUGCUGAGCGGCACCCCUCGUCAUGCGCCCCAUUUCAAGAGCGCAACGGCUCUGAACCGGAUCGCUGGCGGGGAUUUCACGGAGAGGCCAGCUUUGUGGUCUCAAGUUAUUGUGGGGGUACCGAUGGGCCUUGGGGAGACCUAG